AUGAAUUGCCGAAAACCUACCGGGCAUCGCGCCCUCAGAUUUGCCAGCGUCAACCCACCAAUGAUCGGCCGAAAAUCGGGCCUGAGAUCCACCAGAGAAACUGAUGAGAAAAAAGAGCAACAAGUUCAGGAAUUGAAGGAAAAAGUGAGGAAGAUGCUAAUCGCUUCGAUUGAGAAUCCUUCACAAAAAUUGAACUUUAUCGAUGCAAUUCAACGCUUAGGCGUGUCUUACCACUUUGGAAAUGAGAUUCAAGAAAUUUUGCAACAAUUCCACAAGAGGUCGCUGAACAACCACUCGAAGGCACCUUUUGUAACAAUGUCUCUCAUCCUAACUAAUGAUGUGGUUGCUAACUUUGAGUACCCAAAGGAAACUGAUGAGAAAAAAGAGCAACAAGUUCAGGAAUUGAAGGAAAAAGUGAGGAAGAUGCUAAUCGCUCUAAUUGAGAAUCCUUCACAAAAAUUGAACUUUACCAAUGCAAUUCAAUGCUUAGGGUCGCUAAACAACCACUUGAAGGCACUUUUUGGAACAAUGUUUCUCAUCCUAACUAAGGAUGUGGUUGCUAACUUCGAGUACCCAAAGGAGCAGCGUGCUAUGCUGGAGAAUGAAACGUUGCGCAGACAGGUUGAGGAGCUUCGAGGCUUUUUUCCAGACCACCCAGUCCCAUCUUAUCGCGAAUAUUACCCUGUAGAAAGCAAGAAUAAUACCCUUGCCAAUCAUUGUGUUGCAAGUCCUGAUGUGCAUUAUCAAAUUGCGAAAGAGGAUUCAGACACUAUCUUGCAGUUGGGGUACUGGUCUUUUUUUACUUUAAACUUAACCCUUCGGCCUUAA